AUGCCCUCGAAUCCAAACGAAGAAAUUUGGCCUGAAGUCACCAAACUUAUUGAACGAGAAUCUGUUAAAGCGUACACAUAUAGUUCUUUUGAAAUUUUAGGAAGCGUUGGUGAAGGUGGAUUUGGAACUGUGGUUCGUGCUUAUUUAAAAGAUACUGGAACCGAGGAAAUAGUAGCUCUAAAAAGUCUUACUAACAAUAAUGAAGAUGAAUUCAUUAAAGAAAUUAAAUUCAUUAACGAAGUUGGCAAACAUGAAAAUAUAGUGCAAUUCCUUGGAAUUACUAAAAGUACGUUAAUUUUAUAUAAAUAA